GCAGCUCCAAUAUGGCGGCGUCCUGCGGCUCCUCGCAGCUCCCGGCUGCCGAGUCGCCGCUGAAGAUCCCCAAGAUGGAGGUGCUGUCGCCGGGCUCGCCGGGGGCGCUGAGCGACGGCAACCCGAGCCUCUCGGACCCGUCCACCCCCAGCGGCGCCUCCCCGCUCGGCGCGGGGCCGGGGCCGGCGGCCGGCGCGGCCGGGCUGGGGGGCGGCGGCGGCGCGGGGGGCCGCGGCGGGGCCUCGCCCUCCGUCUCCUUCUCGCCGGGCGGCGCCGCCGCCGCCGCUGCCGCCGCCGCCUGCCGCGGCAUGUCGUGGACGCCGGCGGAGACCAACGCUCUCAUCGCCGUGUGGGGCAACGAGCGGCUGGUGGAGGCGCGGUACCAGCAGCUGGAGGGCGCCGGCACCGUCUUCGGCAGCAAGGCCCCCGGGCCCGCCAUGUACGAGCGAGUCUCCCGCGCCCUGGCCGAGCUGGGCUACGAGCGCACGCCCUCGCAGUGCCGGGAGCGCAUCAAGACCCUUCGCAGGUGUUACAGCCGCGUGAAGGAGCACGGCGUGGGAAAGAGGAAAAGCAGCUACACCUUCGAGCAGCUCGAGCAAGUGUUUGGCCAGGGCGGAUGGGAUUCGCAGCCCUGCCAGCCCGUCCUCAUCAACAGCAGCGGCUUGUACCAGGAGCUGGAGUCGGACGGCAGCACCAUGGAAGAGUAUUCGCAGGAGGACUGGGGGAACCACAGCCAGGACCUGCACUGCUACCAGACCGGCGAGCAGGAAUUGGAUGAAAUGCCUACCACGAAAAGAACAUUAAAGAUAAAACAGGAAUCUUCAGAAGACACGCAGAAGCGGGACGUAAUGCAGAACAUCAUGCAGAUCUUGGAAUCGGUCCAGUUAAAGUAGCUGUUUCAGAGCUGGACGGACUUCUCCAGGCUACACCUCUCGAACAAACUGGCCAUUUUUGGCAUCGGCUACAACACGCGCUGGAAGGAGGAUAUUCGCUACCACUACGCCGAGAUCAGCUCGCAGGUGCCCCUCGGCAAGCGGCUCCGGGAGUAUUUCAACUCGGAGAAGCCGGAGGGCCGGGUGAUCAUGACCAGAGUGCAGAAAAUGAACUGGAAAAACGUUUAUUACAAAUUCCUGGAGAUUACCAUCAGCGAAGCGAGGUGCCUCGAGCUGCACAUGGAGAUCGACUGGAUACCUAUCGCCCACUCCAAGCCGACGGGGGGCAACGUCGUGCAGUAUUUAUUGCCGGGAGGGAUCCCCAAAAGCCCGGGUUUGUACGCCAUCGGGUACGAAGAGUGCCACGAGAAACCCCGCUCGCCCGUCGCGGAGCACCGAGGCGCCGACGGCGGCACCGAGGCGCCGGGGGAGGCGGACGUCCCGUCGCCGCAGGCCUCGCUCCGGGUGGAGAUGGAGGCGGCCAGGAUUAUCUACUGUUACCUGGGCAUCGCCGAGGUGAGGACUCUGCAGCAGUGCCUGUUUUUACAUUUCCAGGCAAACACCAAAACCUUCAGCAAAGAGUGGGUCGGGAUCAACGGGUUUUUAUCGCAGAACUGCGUCGUAGAACCAGGCGUGUCGCCCAAGUCCAUCUACAUCAAAUUUGUGGAAGUGGAGAGGGAUUUUCUUUCCGCUGGCUCUUUGGUAGAGUGCCUGGAAAAAGCCAUCGGAUACCCCUUAAAGUUUAACAACUGAAUCUCGUCCUUCAUAAGGAUUAGGGCUUUCUGCCCGGUUUCCCAUCUCGCUACCAGCCGCUUUGGGGGGCGCCGGCUGUCGGCGGUCGGGCGAGCCGAGGCUUUUCCGAGCGGAAGGAGCUUCGGAGCGCGAGACGCUUGCAGACGGGUUUCACCGAAUAAAAACGAAACUCAUCCCGGGCCAAGUGGGAUACGCGGCCAGCUUGCCGGGCGGACCAGCCGGUUUUAUACGGAGCGGCGCUGCGAGGAGAGCCCGGAAAAUGAACUGACUGUAGGUACAUUCCACAUCGGACAGAGCGUAGGCUUUGCGUUUCAUACGAAAAGCUGGGGGGGUUUUGUGUUUUUUUUUUUUUUUUUUUUUUUUUUUUGUUUUUUUUUUUGUCCCCCCCCCCACACAAUGUUUCAUUUUUACACAUCCGUCUCUAUAUAAGUGUUAUUACAGACCUGAAUAAAUAAGCAAUAGCUAAUGGCAAGUUAAACCUUGAAUCACAUUAAACGAGACUGUUUUUCACGCCACCCUUAGAUACUAUUGUAUAUAAUUUAGAGUUUCACUUUUUUCACCCAUCAAGUGUUCUCCUGUUUCCAAACAGUGUUGCCUGCAAAGACUUUUGUUUCCGUGAUGUAUUCCACUUUACUAGUAGUGUUGCCAUAUCCGAUUUAUAUUUUAUUUUAUUUUUAACAUUAAAAGAAUUCCUGGGCUUCCCCCCCCUCUUUUUUUCCUCCCCCCCCCUUUUUUUUAGGGGGGCAGGUUGGAGUUCUAAUUUAGCCUCUUUUGUGGCCGUGAGAAUAACCUGGCGGCCGGGAACCGUUUUGUCAAACCGUGCUUAUCGAUGCAAUCAAAGCUGUGAGAA